AUGUGGAAGCCUUCAGAAAGGCUGAUGGAAACCAUCAGACACUAUGCUAGCUUCCCCGCAACCGGUGUCUCGCUGAGGCAGAUGGUCCAAUUUGGCGACCGUCCCUCGACAGGCACUCUGUUCCGCGCUUCUCAAUUCCUCUCUGAGGAGCUCCCAAUCCGGCUCGCACAUCGGGUCCAGGACCUGGGUGAGCUCCCGGAUGGACUGAGUGAAAUGCCAUCCAUCAAGAAGGUCCAAGACUGGUAUGCGCAGUCGUUCGAGGAAAUUAUUACCCUUCCCCGCCCGACUCUGACUCAAGAAGUCAAAGCGCGCCUGCUACGACCAGGUCGGAUGAACGGCACCUCCAAAAUCCUCUCGGAAACAACUCAAAACCCCAGUGUGCGCGAUGGACAAUACCGAUCCUCGGUGACCGCGGGCAAUUGCAACGGAAACGGAAAAGCGCCUGCUGCAGGCCGACGGUACUUCUUCCCUGCGGAUGACCGUGGAGACUGGCCCCCGGAACUCAACGACUACAACCAACGAUUUGCCAAGACUUUACAACAGAUCAAGCGGCGUCACGACGGAGUUGUGACGACCGUCGCACAGGGUAUAUUGGAGUGGAAACGGGUGCGGCAACGCAUGCAGAUCGACUCGACCAUUCAGUCAUUCCUCGACCGAUUUUACAUGUCCCGUAUCGGUAUACGAAUGCUGAUUGGUCAACACAUUGCACUCACGGAACAAACACACGUUAAACACCCCAACUACGUCGGAAUAAUCUGUACCAAGACCAAUGUGCGCGAUAUUGCGCUUGAGGCCAUUGAGAAUGCCCGCUUUGUCUGUGAGGAUUACUAUGGUCUUUUCGAGUCGCCGAAGGUGCAGCUGGUCUGCAAGGACGAUUUAAACUUUAUGUAUGUUCCAGGCCAUCUCUCGCACAUGCUCUUUGAGACUCUCAAGAACUCCCUGCGAGCGGUUGUGGAACAGCAUGGUGCCGACAAGGAAGACUUCCCCGUGACCAAGGUGAUUGUCGCCGAAGGCAAAGAGGAUAUCACCAUCAAGGUCUCCGAUGAGGGUGGUGGUAUUCCCCGAUCGGCCAUUCCCCUUGUGUGGACUUACAUGUACACAACGGUGGAGCAGACUCCAAACCUGGAUCCUGACUUCGACAAGAACGACUUCAAGGCACCCAUGGCUGGAUUCGGAUACGGUCUACCAAUCAGUAGACUGUACGCCCGAUACUUUGGCGGUGAUCUCAAACUGAUCAGUAUGGAGGGAUACGGAACCGACGUUUACCUCCACCUCAACCGUCUCUCUUCCAGCUCGGAACCCCUGCAAUGA